CAACAGCAGUAGUUAGUGUCUCGUGUCAGGAUCAGCAGCAGAGAGCUACGGACACACUUUCUGAAUAUAUUAUCUUGUUAUUUAUAACGAUACACUGCCGCGCUGUUGAAUAGUUUAUGUCAUAGUUUUACCGUUCAGAAAUAGCGACGAGGCGUGGAUAUUAGGGCAGCGUUUGAAAAGAAAGAAAGAAAGAACGAAAGAGGGGAAAAGACUGACCGCUGGAUUUAAUUUCCAACUGGAAUGCUGUUGUUGAUAGAGAGAGAACGGGCGGUGUGUUUGUGUGUGUGUGUGAAAGAGUGUGUGUGUGUGUGCGAGGUAAGUGUGUAGCGGGCUAUGCCUCGUCUCUUUGGUCUCUGGUCCUGGAUCGUGUGAAUUCCCCGGGCUCCAGUUACUAAACUACCCGGCAGACAGCAGCCUCAGCCCGGCCACAGGGAGGGGAACACGAGCUCAUGUAGUCUCUGUUCUUUCUCCUCUCCCCCAUACCCCUCCAUACCCCUCCAUACCCCCCAUACCCCUCUCUCCGGGCUCAGAGGAAAUGAGGACACAGUGGAUAGCGGAGGAACGAGGAGUUUCAGGUGGGAUUAUAAACUUGUUUUGACUUCUGCUUUGAUCCUGGGGACUUCGGCGUUUUUGGCGGUAGGUUAAAUAAUUAACGCUAACCUUUAAAAAAAACUACGGAUAAAAGAGGCAAUAUGACCGGUUGUUGAUGAUGACUGCUGACCUCGCGGAGACCGAGUUAACUGCUUUUCGUGACUGAUGUGGGUGGCGCGGCGUGCCGACACUGGACCUAGCUGACACCCCACCGGGACAGAGGUUUCUGAUCGGUGAUCAAUAAUCCAGGAGAGUAACGGGAGUACCUGGCCGGUAUGGAGCGGCGCGGGGGCAGGUGGAGCACCGUGACCGUGUUGUGGCUCGUGCUGAUCGAGCUGGUUCUGUCACCUUGUAUGGCAGAGGAAGAAGUGGUAAUGAACACUAAACUGGAGACGUCAGAUCUGCGAUGGACCGUUUACCCACACACAGACUCUGAGUGGGAGGAGAUGAGUGGUCUGGAUGAUGAAGGGACCAGCGUGAGAACCUAUCAGCUGUGUCCUGGAGACAGCAGCACCUCUCAUUGGCUUAGGAGCCGGCUGAUCCCACGAAGGACUGCCUCCGUGCUCUACGUAGAGAUACGGUUUACGAUGAUGGAGUGUUCGUCUCUUCCCUUCAACUCCCACCGGUCCUGUAAAGAGACGUUCAACCUGCACUAUUAUCAGACAGACACGGACGAAGCUACCAACACACACCCUGCCUGGAUGGAAAACCCCUAUACUAAGGUGGACACAGUAGCAGCUGACUUCCUGCUUCGUAGGGGCGGAGAGAAGAAGUCCAACGUGAAGACUCUCAGGAUUGGUCGGUUGACCAAAAGGGGCGUAUACCUAGCCUUCCAGGCACAGGGAGUCUGCAUGGCCUUAUUGGCUGUCAGGGUGUAUUUUAAGAAGUGCCCCACCCUGACGCGUUCCUUCUCCCGAUUCCCUGAGACUGUUCCACAUACCUUGGUGGAGGGGGCUCAGGGAGAGUGUGUAGACAACGCCGUGACCCCCCCGGGCGAGCUGGCACGCCCUCCCAGCAUGCUGUGCGGUGAGGACGGACAGUGGGUCGGUCAGCCGGCCACUGCCUGCGCCUGUCGGCCAGGGUAUGAGGCUACAGACACAGACCUCCGAUGCAAAGCUUGUCCAGGUGGUCAGUAUAAGGCAGGGCCAGGAGUCGGUGGGUGUGUCCUGUGUCCGACCAAUAGCAACACUUUGGUAACAGGCUCCGCCUACUGCCUCUGUCGUCCUGGUUACCACAGAGCAGAUUCCGACCCCACACACACACCCUGCACACGCCCCCCCUCAGCGCCCCGCUCCAUUGUAACCCAGAUCAACGACACCAUGGUGACGUUAGAGUGGUCGGAACCUUUGGAACGCGGUGGCCGUGGAGACCUGACCUACAGCGUGGGGUGUGUCCGUUGUGGCGCCUCCCCUCAGAGGGCAUGUCUUCCCUGUGAAGAGGGCGUGUCCUAUCGCCCCAGCCAGCGCGGCCUAUCACAGCGCAGGGUGGUCAUCCGCGGGCUCCUCCCACACACCACCUACACCUUCACGGUCCAGUCAGAGAACGGCGUCUCGCAGCUCAGCCUAUCGGAACCCUCCGUGGAAAGGGUCAAUAUCACAACCAGCCGAGACGUAGUCCCAUCCCCGGUCUCAGGUAUAAGAAGGACCAAGGCAUCAGAGAACAGUCUGACUCUACAGUGGAACAGUCUCCAAAACACACACUACACUGUCCUGGAGUACCAGCUACGAUACUGUCCCAAGGACGGUCCAGAGUCUGGUCAGUGGCAGUAUGUAACCAGCGUGGUCAGUAGUGUUGUGGUCAGUAACCUCCAGAGGUCUACUAGUUACCAGGUGCAGGUCAGAGCCAGGACCAUGGCUGGAUACAGCAACUUCUCCCCAGCCUCGACCUUCACCACCCUGCCUGACAAGGUAGAGACCCACUCUCAGCUGAUGGUGACAGGCGUUCUGGUUGCCAUGGGGAUACUCCUCCUCAUUACCGCGGUGGUCAUUGCUGGAUACUGCUACUGUAAACACCUGUGUGUGAAGGAUAUAGAGAUGAAUGAUCAGAAUGGACAGUACCUGAUGAGACAGACAGGUAUGAAGGUGUACAUCGACCCGUUCACCUACGAAGAUCCCAACGAGGCGGUUAGAGACUUCGCUAAAGAGAUAGACGUGUCCUUCGUCAAGAUAGAGGAGGUCAUUGGAGCUGGUGAGUUUGGAGAGGUCUGUCGAGGCAGACUGAAGGUCCCUGGGAAGAAGGAGAACUAUGUGGCCAUCAAGACUCUGAAAGGAGGAUACACUGACAAACAGAGGAGGGACUUCCUGUCUGAGGCCUCCAUCAUGGGUCAAUUCCAAUCUGUAGGUCAGUUCCAGCACCCCAAUAUCAUCCACCUGGAAGGAGUCAUCACGGCUUCCUGUCCUGUUAUGAUACUGACUGAGUUUAUGGAGAAUGGGGCCCUCGACAGCUUCCUUAGGUUAAACGAUGGUCAGUUCACACCUAUCCAGCUGGUGGGAAUGUUACGUGGGAUAGCAUCAGGUAUGAAGUAUCUGUCGGAGAUGAGCUAUGUCCAUCGAGACCUGGCAGCUCGCAACAUCCUAGUCAACUCUAACCUGGUCUGUAAGGUAUCUGAUUUCGGCCUGUCACGAUUCCUCCAGGAGAACUCCUCUGACCCCACAUAUACCAGCUCACUGGGUGGUAAAAUCCCCAUACGUUGGACAGCUCCAGAGGCGAUUGCGUUCAGGAAGUUUACAUCGGCCAGUGACGCGUGGAGCUACGGCAUCGUGAUGUGGGAGGUGAUGAGCUUCGGGGAACGGCCGUACUGGGACAUGAGUAACCAGGAUGUGAUCAAUGCUAUAGAACAGGACUACCGUCUGCCCCCCCCACCGGAGUGUCCCUCCUCUCUCCACUCCCUCAUGUUGGACUGUUGGCAGAAAGAGAGAGCUGCUCGUCCACGAUUCGCCAACGUGGUCUCAGCGCUCGAUAGGCUGAUCAGAAACCCCGCCUCCCUGAAGAUCACACAGCCGGACGGACCUGGUUCCUCCCAGCCCUUGUUAGACCAGCGCCCCCCCCCUCCCCUGUCAGCCUGUGGGUCUGUCUCAGAGUGGCUUCAUGCUAUCAAGAUGUCUCGUUAUGAAGAGAGCUUUACACAGGCAGGAUUCACCAACCUGGAGGUCAUCGCACAGAUCUCUACAGAGGACCUGUUGCGUAUAGGAGUGACUCUAGCGGGACACCAGAAGAAGAUUCUCUCUUCCAUCCAGACCCUUAGAGUUCUCAAAACUCCUCCCACACUCAGAUACUGACCAAUCACCUAUUACAGCCUCCUGGAAGCUCCCCCCACUCUUCCAUACUGGCCAAUCACACCAAAGCCCUUCAACAAGCCACCAGCCAACCACGUACCAGUUGUGACGAUGUCACUACGCCAACGGUGUCCCAAGCCAAUCAUUGUACUCAGUUCCACUGUGAUGACACAAUAGAUGUGUGUGUACUCUUCAACCAAUCAGGAAGAUGGAGAGAGAGACGGACAUGAACUCUCUCCUGAGAGAUUCCUUCAGUUUUACAAUACUGCCUUGUUGGAAUACUGGACAUUAACUUGGUUUUAUAAUACUGCCUUGUUGGAAUACUGGACAUUAACUUGGUUUUAUAAUACUGCCUUGUUGGAGUCCACGGGAAUACUCAACAUUAACUUGGUUUUAUAAUACUGCCUUGUUGGAGUCCACGGGAAUACUCAACAUUAACUUGGUUUUAUAAUACUGCCUUGUUGGAGUCCACGGGAAUACUCAACAUUAUCUUGGUUUUAUAAUACUGCCUUGUUGGAGUCCACGGGAAUACUGGACAUUAACUUGGUUUUAUAACACUGCCUUGUUGGAGUCCACGGGAAUACUGGACAUUAACUUGGUUUUAUAAUACUGCCUUGUUGGAGUCCACGGGAAUACUGGACAUUAACUUGGUUUUAUAAUACUGCCUUGUUGGAGUCCACGGGAAUACUCAACAUUAACUUGGUUUUAUAAUACUGCCUUGUUGGAGUCCACGGGAAUACUCAACAUUAUCUUGGUUUUAUAAUACUGCCUUGUUGGAGUCCACGGGAAUACUCAACAUUAUCUUGGUUUUAUAACACUGCCUUGUUGGAGUCCACGGGAAUACUGGACAUUAAGUUGGUUUUAUAAUACUGCCUUGUUGGAGUCUACGGGAAUACUCAACAUUAUCUUGGUUUUAUAAUACUGCCUUGUUGGAGUCCACGGGAAUACUCAACAUUAUCUUGGUUUUAUAAUACUGCCUUGUUGGAGUCCACGGGAAUACUCAACAUUAACUUGGUUUUAUAACACUGCCUUGUUGGAGUCCACGGGAAUACUGGACAUUAACUUGGUUUUAUAAUACUGCCUUGUUGGAGUCCACGGGAAUACUCAACAUUAACUUGGUUUUAUAAUACAGCCUUGUUGGAGUCCACGGGAAUACUGGACAUUAACUUGGUUUUAUAAUACUGCCUUGUUGGAGUCCACGGGAAUACUCAACAUUAACUUGGUUUUAUAAUACUGCCUUGUUGGAGUCCACGGGAAUACUCAACAUUAUCUUGGUUUUAUAAUACUGCCUUGUUGGAGUCCACGGGAAUACUGGACAUUAACUUGGUUUUAUAACACUGCCUUGUUGGAGUCCACGGGAAUACUGGACAUUAACUUGGUUUUAUAAUACUGCCUUGUUGGAGUCCACGGGAAUACUGGACAUUAACUUGGUUUUAUAAUACUGCCUUGUUGGAGUCCACGGGAAUACUGGACAUUAUCUUGGUUUUAUAAUACUGCCUUGUUGGAGUCCACGGGAAUACUGGACAUUAACUUGGUUUUACCAAUACUGCCGGGAUCCUCUGGGAAUACCGUUGGAAUACUGUGGAAGAUUUCUCCUCUGGAACACUGUUUGGGAUAAAGGAUUUCGCCCAAUCAGGUUUUCCCAGAUAUUCCCUCUGACUGAGGUGUGGUGCUGGACCUUGUAGACUGACUGCUUCUAGAGAGACUGACUCUGAUUUACAACCUGACUUCUUCUAGAGAGACUGACUGUUUUAAAACCUGACUUCUAGAGAGACUGACUCUGAUUUAAAACAUGACUUCUCGAGAGCCUGACUCUGAUUUAAAACCUGAUUUCUGGAGAGACUGACUCUGAUUUAAAACCUGACUUCCAGAGAGACGGACUCUGAUUUAAAACCUGACUUCUAGAGAGACUGACUCUGAUUUAAAACCUGACUUCUCGAGAGCCUGACUCUGAUUUAAAACCAUACUGCUUCUAGAGAGACUGACUCUGAUUUAAAUCCUGACUUCUAGAGAGACUGACUCUGAUUUAAAACCUGACUUCUAGAGAGACUGACUCUGAUUUAAAACCUGACUUCUAGAGAGACUGACUCUGAUUUAAAACCUGACUUCUAGAGAGACUGACUCUGAUUUAAAACCUGACUUCUAGAGAGACUGACUCUGAUUUAAAACCUGACUUCUCGAGAGACUGACUCUGAUAACAUGAUCAGGUCUAUAUGGACUUCUUAGGAACGAGAGGGAGGGGAUAAAACAGAAAGAGAGAGGGG